GCUUUCGCCCCUUUUUCGUUUUAGCCGCGUUUUCCAAUCUCGAUCCCCUUUUCCUCCCUCUCUCGAUUCGGCCUUCACUUUUUCUGGAAUCGUCGAAUCGUCGCUGCCUUCUUCUAGAUCUCGUUCUUCUGCAUCGAUCGAUCCCAAUUUUGGCCUUAUCGGUGUUCGUUGUCUGAUUUUAGGGUUUCCGUCGCCCAAUAUUCUUGAUCUAUUUUUCCCAAUUCGGGAUCUGAAAAAAUUAUCGAUUCUUUUCUUUGUUAGGUUCCUGGUCUUGUUCUCCUCGUUUUGUUUUCUCCGAUUUUGUAAAUUAUUUUUGGUCAACGUGUAUUUGAUUUUUGUUCGUUCCUUCAAUUACCUUGUUUGCGUUGUUAGAUCUCGCGUCGCGUGACCUGAUUCGACCCGAAUCGUAAUAAUUGUCCGUCGAUUAUACGUUUUCCUUUCGUUCUGGUUGGAAAUUGAAUUAUCUAGGGUUAGGGUUUCCAAAAUUUGGGGCUUUUCUUGUUUCCUUGAAAUUCUUGGUGGGAAGGAUCAAUUCCUUUGAUCAAUUAAGGUUUCCCUGUUUGAUUACUCCCAAUUAGAGCUAUUAUUGCCUGAUUCAGCAGUCUGCCAUAUAUUUGUACGACAGUGUUUUAAGGUAAUCAUGGUGCAGAAGCGUCCAUUUGAUGCUGAGGAGAUGCUCGAGGUUUCCUUCAAACACCAGAAACAUGCAGAACCCAGUGAUCAGCUUGUUUCAUUUUCUGAAUCUGUUUUUCCUGAUGAUGAUUGCCACACCCAUAUGCCUCAAACUUCAGAGGGCGGAUGUGGGCAAGGUAGUAAUGAAGGUAUUGAGAAGCUUGCUGGUGAAAGUAUCGGUAAAGGCCCUAGAGGGGCUGAGGACUCUGAAGCUAGUUUUCCUGUAGCUUGGGCUACCAGUAGCACUACUGAACAAGUUGUCAAGUCAGAGUCACCUGUUCAUCUUGCUCUUUUUCCUGAGUAUUUCCAUUCAGAACCAUCUGUACAUGUUGCUCUUUUCCCUGAGUAUUUCAGUCCAGAGAAACCAUUUAGGACAUUGGCUCGCUAUGAGGACAUCUAUUCCAUACUCAUUGAAAAUCCUCCUCGCAAACUUGUAUCUAUGGGAGCUAACCAUCAGGCUGAUAUUCCAGUUUGGGAUUCUUCGGUUGCUAUUGACAGACCAAAUGCCUCUGAAGAUGUCUCCAAUCUAGGCUUCCCCAUUGGAGAUGAUGAGAAAAGGCUGGUGGGGACAUGUAUAAUCCCAAUGCCUCAGAUGGAGUUGUCUUCUGACAAUGAUGAUGUUGGAAAGGGCAGAACCAAUUGUUGGUGUGAAGAUAGAGGAUCCAUCAGAUGUGUUAGACAGCAUAUAGCAGAAGAAAGAGAAAGACUUUUGAAAGAGUUUGGGCAUGAGAAGUUUGAUGAAUUGGGGUUCAAUGACAUGGGAGAACGUGUGGCAGAAAAAUGGAGUGCAGAAGAAGAACGCCUAUUUCAUGAAGUUGUCUUCAAUAAUCCAGUUUCCCUUGGCAAGAAUUUCUGGCACUAUCUCUCCAUUGCUCUCCCUUCACGAAGCAAAAAAGAAAUAGUUAGUUACUACUUUAACGUCUUCAUGCUUCGAAAGCGGGCAGAGCAGAACAGAAACGACGCCUUGAGCAUUGACAGUGAUAAUGAUGAAUGGCAAGGUAGUGAUGGCAUUGACAUUGCAACUCGAGAGGAAGAUGAGGAUGACUCUGUUGUAGAUUCUCCAGUCGAUCAGAAUGAUAUUGGUUUUACCAGCUGCCAUGAAAAUGAUCAACUUGAUUAUGAUGAUGAGUUUGCUGCAGAUGAAAUUUGUGCUGUUAAUGGAACUGUAGAUUUGACCAAAAGGAACAUUGAUGAUGAGGAUGAUUCUAAAUAUGAUGCUGUGUCUGUGGCGAGAAGCACUGUCCCAAACCGAUUUUGUCCUCCAAUACAACCUCAUGAUCAGACUAUUCACAAGGAUGAUGAAAAUGUUAAAGAUGAAACAUGCACUUUUUCUGACGCCAUAGUGUCCUCACAGGAGACCAGAGCGAAGAGCAGUGCUGAAGGUGAUCAAUGGUGUGGUAACUAUAAUGAGGUGGCAAGUAAUGGCUAUAGCAAUGGCCAUGUGUUGGAGCCUUGCGAUGCAAAAGUGUGGGAUCCUGCAUUUUUGUCUUGCUCUAAAAGUAAGAUUGACUUCUUGCCCACUUGCAACAUGAUAGAAGAAAUCUUUGGAGAUGGAAGAAGGCAAGACAUGAGAAAAGGUUGAAUUGAUCCUAGGCUUUUGUUUGAAGUAAAUGUCAGCUUAGCAAUUUUUGCUGGGUAAUGAGACUUCAAAUUUUUCCUUUGUAUAUGUGACAUAAGAAUGAAAAUAUAACCUUCUUUGUAAAAUUGAUUUGGAAGGUUAUUUGGUUUUUCCAGUUAUGUCCCAUUUAUUCUUUCUUUUUUUUCUUUUUCUUUUUCUUUUCCCUCUUAAGUCCUUAAGGAACUGUAAACUUCAUAUUCCUUAAUUUAAUUAUAGUUUCCUCGUUAGGGUGGAAUAUUUUCAAGGGGGAUAAUAGUUAGCUGAGAAAAAAGAACUAUCUCGGUUCUAACUUCCAAGAGUUAUCUUAUCUCAUGAUGUAAUUUUCUCUUACCACAAUCUUUAAUGAAAAUUCCAGCUGUUACAUCUC